AUGAGAAUAAGAAAAACAUGGUGUACACUCUGUCGUGAAAACUUUGAAGAUGGGGACGAAUGCAUCCAAUGUAAGCAAUGUAAGAAAAGGUUUCACAAGGAGUGCCUACAGGCAGAAGGCUUAAUUGACAACGAAACUUUGAGGGAUGUAAAAAAUUACCUUUGUUACCAGUGCAUGAAUGAGGAAGAUGAUAUACCUGAAAAUGAAGAUAGAUGCAAAAUAUGUCGAGAAAAAUCGUCCAACCUAGUUCUAUUAUUAUGUGAUGGAUGUCCGAAUAGCUAUCAUGUUACAUGUUUAGGUCUUCAGGCAGAACCUGAAUCAGAAAAAUGGUUCUGCCCAGUAUGUAAGCCGGAGGAACAUAAAAAUCUCGAUGUGAGGAGGAUGCGGAAAGGAUUUGCCAUUGAUAAUAUGAAUGGAGAGCAUGUGAAUUCAUCCACAUGUUAUGUAUGUCAGAGACCGGGCAAAUUACUUGGCUGUGAUUUUUGUCCAAAUUCAUUUCAUCCAACAUGUCUACCCGAUCUAGAUUUUGAUAAUAUAUCAGAUCAAUGGGAAUGUCCAUGUUGCAAGAAUGAAGACCCCUUACUAAACCAGGGACACAAGAGGUGGACCAAAAAUGAAAUUCAAGAAAUUAUGAAAAAAAGGCAAAAAGAACUAAGCUUUUGGAGAUCGAAAAUCAUAAAGUAUCGAAAUCGAUUUCUUCUAGCACAUAGAAAAGAUUUACAACCUUUUGUAAACCCUCGUGUUUUUGCAAACCUUACCAAAACGUUUAAAAAUGAUUUUUACAAUUCUAGGAGCAGUCAUAAUAGUAGCCACACCAGUGGAGGGAGAAAAGGAGGGAAACACAAUGACUGGGAUAAAAAUUAUCAUCACGGGAAUAAUUCAAAAAGGGAUGUAGAUAUGGAUUCGAAAGAGUUCGAUGAAUAUAUUUCAUCCCUAGAAGAUGAAGCAAAUGAAAAUGCAUGCAAAUUUAUCGAGUCUGUAUUUUUAAGUGUUUACUAUCCGAAUGGAAGAAAAAUCGAGCGACGACCUCUGGUAGAUAAUGUACAGUUAAAGCCUCAUCAGGAAGAUGGUGUGGAAUGGUUAUUGAAGUCGUUCCUCACAGGAGGAGCUAUCCUAGCAGAUGAAAUGGGACUUGGAAAAACGAUACAAACAUUGUGUUUUCUGUCCUAUUUAAAAUGUAACAAAAUCGAUGGUCCUCAUUUGAUCGUCGUACCUUUAUCCACUGUCGGUAAUUGGCUCAGGGAGAUUCAUAGAUUUACUCCACAUCUUACAUGUAUCAAAAUAUGUGGUUCUAAAAAUGAAAGAACUCAUGCGAAGGAAGAUCGAUUAGCCGAGAAGGGGCUAUACGAUUUAUAUGUAACUACCUACGAAACGGUAAAAAAUGAGGAGGAGUUCUUCGUAGAAACAAUUCCCAAGUGGCAAUGUAUAGUUCUGGAUGAAGCCCACAGGAUAAAAAAUCAAAGUGGAGCUAUCCGUCAUUCUAUGGAUAGAGUCGUGGGCAACAUGAGGUUGUUGCUCACGGGGACUCCGUUACAGAACAAUUCAGCGGAGCUCUUUACUCUCAUCAAUUUUAUGUUUCCAGAUAUAUUUAAAAAUUCCGAAAUUAUCGAGCAGGCAUUUAUGAAUGCAUCGCAGAACAGCACUACCACGGGUAGUAGUCACAGUGGCAGUGGAAGCAACAAUCAAAAAGGUAAUAACAACACCAAGAAUAAAAAUAAUAAGGAUGAUAGAAGUAGUCAAAAUGGAAAUGGAGCCGGAAGUGGGACCAAACUUAAUGUCAACAUAGGAAAUAUUGAUCUGAAAUCUGCUAUUAAAGAGGAGGAUUUAAAAUCCAUACGAUGUCUUUUAGAUAAAAUUAUGCUCAGAAGAUUAAAAGAACAGGCUAUCACAUUGCCGAGGAAAAUUUUCCAUGAUGUGUGGUUACCCUUGGGUACUCUCUCUGCUCAUUGGUAUAAGAGGCUCCUGGACAUUCGAUCCAUGGUGGAGGAAAAAGUUAGUGUAAAGAAAUUACUUGGGUUGGUCAUAAAAAUGAGAAUUAUAUGUGGUCAUCCCAAAGGAAUAGUUAGUCGACCAUCCCAAAUGGAAAAACUUUUUGCUUUCUUUGAAGAAGAAAGUGAAGAUAUAAAAGAGCAAGUAAAAAAUGAUGCAUUAAAGUUGAAGCACAUAUCUGGAGAGGAACACAUCGAGUCUUCGUCCAAGCUUAUCUUCAUCGACAAGCUAUUGUGCCAACUGCAUUACGAAAAUUGUAAAUAUGUUAAGAACUACUCGUCCAGUUUUGACAAGCACAAGAAGGAAGUAGCUGCUUAUAGGUACCAUAAAAUUCAAGAACAAAAUAACGCACAAAAAAAAAAGAGAGAACAUUCCGGAAAAUUUAAAAAGUUAGAAGCUCUGGAAAAUAGCCCCAUGUUUAUGGAAAUUUUCAAUCAGGGUAAAUUUGAUUUGAAACCUACAUCCGAAAACGAAGAUAUGCUUAAAAGCUUCAUGCACACUGUGCCUAUUGAUAAUGAAUGCCCUUAUAAAAAAAAAAGGUGCAUCUAUGAUAAGGUCCAAGAAAUUAUCAAGAAUAAUGUAGCCAAUGGGGGUGGGAAAUCCAUUGGAAGGAGGACCAAGAUUUUGAAACAUGGCAAUCACUCUUAUGAUCUGUCCGAUUCCAACUACCGUGGAAAUUCUGGCCAACGGGGUACAAAGAGAAAAAGCGGCUAUCAUCAGAAUAAUCUGUCCAGUGACGACACCGAUGAGGAGGAAGACGAUGCCCCUGCUGCUGAUGAUGGUAGUGAUGGUGGGGAUGGGGACAAGGAAGGAAAGGAAAAUCAUAGCGAAGAUGAGGAGGAGAACGAUGACGAAGAUGAGCAGAAUAACGGAGACGAUGAAAACAAGGAUGAAGAAGAUGUAGAGAACGAAGAUGAGGGAAAUGAUGAUGAUAAGGACGACGAAGAGGACGAGGAUAGUAAGAGUGCAAAGAAUAGAGACAACCAUAAGGGAAACACAAAAGAAAGCAGUAACACUCUGUUCGAUAGCAACGAGGAGGUGGAAGAUGAGGAGGACUCGGACGAGGAUAAGGAUGAAGCACAGGAGGAACACGAGGGCGAUGAAGGUAAAGCGGAUAGCGGCGCAAUUCAGCCCGGUGCCGAAGUGAAGGAAGAAGUGAAGGAAGAAGUGAAGGACGAAGUGAAGGACGAACCGAAGGACGACACGAAGGACGACACGAAUGAUAAAGAGAAAAAUAUUGUCACCCUCGGGAAAAAUUGCAAAAUGAUUAACAUAAAGGAGUUCUUUAAAACGCAGAAGAAUGAUUCAUCAAGCAGUUUGGAUAAAUCGAACGAGCAGUCGACGAAGGUGUCUGAUAAGGGCGAUUCUAAGAGGAUCGACCAGGAAGAAGUAAAAAAGGAGGAACAGGAUGACGAGGAGGCGAAAAGUACGGAUGGACUGAUCCCGAAGAAAGAGGAAGGGACAGUAAAAGAAGAGGUAGAGCAGCAGAACGCAGCGAAUGGAGGAGAAGUGAACCCAAAGGAUAAAAACCAAAAGAACUUAUCUUCUAAUGACGGAAAGGAGAACAAUGGAGCAGAAGACAAUUCCAAUAAAGGAGAAAUCAAAAUGCACAAGGUGCUUAUUUUUACCCAGUUCCAGUUGGUACUAGACGAGCUGGAAGAGUACUGUAAGUACAGAUGUUGGAAGUAUAUGCGACUAGAUGGGUCGACAAACAAACUGAUAAGGGAGUUAGACAUUAGGGAAUUUAACCUGAAUGAUAGCAUUUACUUUAUUUACCUAAUUAGCACUAGAGCAGGAGGAUUGGGAAUUAAUUUGACAGCCGCUAACCACGUAAUUAUGUAUGACGAGGAUUGGAACCCUUUUAUUGAUCUGCAAGCAAUUGAUAGAGCCCACCGUAUUGGCCAAAAGAGGGAAGUGAACGUGUGGAAGCUCAUGACAGAAUGGACUGUGGAAGAAAGAAUGGCAUUUAGAAGAGAACAGAAAUUGAAGUUAGAUAAGCUUGUUGUUCAAACACAAGACGAUGAAGAUAUGCUUGACAAUUUUGAAGAGAAACUGUCCUCAGAUGAAAUUAGGAAGUUAAUGUUGCAUGGGAAGGCAGCCAUACAAAAUAUGCAUGUAGAAAACACAAGCAAUUACGCACUCGAAUUUUUCAUAGAGAGGGGAAGAAGAAAACUACCCAUUAUCAACGGAGUGGAUUUGGAGAAAGAGGAAAAAACUACCAUAGAGCAGGAAGUAAAUAAUAAUAGAGGAGACGAAACAGGAGAUGGAAAUAUAUGUGUACAGAAAGGUAGGGGUGGUGGAAAUGGAGAAGACAGUGAGGUUGACGACGAUGAUGACGAUGAUAAUGAUGAUGAAAAUGGAAUUGACAUAGAUGAAGUUAUGUUAGAUGAGGCCGAAGAAUCUGACAUGAGACUUAACAAUGUUAAUAACAUGAAUGAUCAUAGUCUCCUUUAUGGAGAAGGAGGGGAUCAGGUAUACCUCACUGGUGGGGCCACCAAAGCCAAGGGUGGUCUGUUAAAAGAUGGCAAUGGUGAAGGAAAUGGUAUUGGAGCAGGAGAAAACAUCAAUUCGCAAUACAGUUCGAGCAAUAUAAAUGGAACAAGUACUGGUGGCAAUGCUACAGGAGGGACGGGAGCUUCCGACACGACCUUAUGGAGAUCUGUAAGGGAAAGAAAAAAACCACAGAAUAUGUAUACACCAGAAUACUGGGGUAGAAAACAAGAAGUGAAACAAAUCAAGCAUGAAUACAGAUGCUUCAUUUGUAAUAACACCAAAAAUCACAAGGCAGUGGUGAAGGAUCGAAACGGUAACGACAUCGAAAUUGACUACGGAGAUAUGAUUAACUGUUUCCGAUGCCCCAAAACAUAUCAUAAGUUAUGUGAAGGAAUUAAAGAUGAAAAUGUGAAGAAAACAUGGACAUGCAGUUGGCAUGAGUGUUGCUUAUGUUUUAGAAAAUCAUCACAGUGUGGUAACUUACUAAUCCAUUGUGCCACCUGUCCAACAAGUUUCUGUUAUAAUUGCUUUCCUCCAGAUUAUGUGCGCUAUUAUGUUGGUGAGGAGUAUUAUCACAAUUUACGGCAGAGGGGAGUAAACUUCACGCCGCAAAAUUGGGUGUGCUUCUUGUGUUCGAAAUGUAAAGCGGUGGAGGAGCAGAAGAAGAGAAGAAAGAUGACCAAGGAGGAAAGAGAAAAUGAGAAACAGUUACAGAAAGAAUUGAGAAGCCAACUGCAUGAUAGCAAACAAGAAGAGUUAGAAGCGAAGAAAAGAAAGAGGGCGCAACAAAUGGAAAGAGAUAAAUUCAUCAUAGAAAAUAGAAAGAGAAUAGAUGCGCUGGAUCAGAAAUAUGAAUCUCAACUGAGAAGUUCAUAUGAAAAUUUAUUUCCUGUAAAUUUUGUUAAAGAAUUAAUUAACCGAAUUGAGCAUGCAAAGGUGCUUAAACAAAAAGGUAUUGAAGAUGAUAACAAGGAAAUGAACAGAAAAAAGUCUACUACAUUUUUACAUACAAAAUUGCCUCAUAAGCUUCUUGUCCUAUGUGAAAAUUGUAAACUUCCUUGUCAUGCAAAUUAUAAGUACCCAGGACAGUGUUGCUACCCAUUGGAAUUGGAUAAAUCCUACUUUUACGCCAACUCCUCUUUUAACCACUCGGCCCAUAAUAAUAAGGAUGCCCCCAACUCUGGGUGUAGCACUUCUGACAAAGGAAUUGCUCUAAGUGGUAAAGAUUCCUCCUCUCCUUUUUCUGUUCAAUUUAAGGAGAAAGCCGAACAGAACCAUGACGAAAAGGAGGCAUCAAACAAUGUUGCGAUGAAGGAGGAGGAAAAUGAAGAAGAUGCGGAGAGGGGAACCCUAUUUUUACCGCAAGGUUCAUCCCCUGCCAUGACAAAUACUUCAAACAAGGAGGACAGUAAGAAAGGCUACGAUCUUCAUGACACAAAUUCAUUCAACUUUAAAGGAGCCAAGAGCAUAGUGACAAGCGGAGAUGAAGACACCACUGGUAAAUAUGAGAAUCAUGGAGAUAGUGCCAUGAAGGGAAAUUCCAGUGAUAACAUGUUGAGCAGAAAAAUGAUAAAAUUUGAAGCAGAUCAGAAGCAGCAACAGGAUUUUACACACAGUACCCGUUUUGAGGAAGGCGAAAGUAAGAACAAUGAGGAGGAGGAAGAGAACGUCCAGGAGAAGAAGCUAAACAGCACGACAGGUAUGAUGGGAGAGGAACAUUUUAACCAAGGGUCCAAUGAAAAUGUGAAGUUCAUGAUGAGCACCAUCCUGUCGUCAGAUAACAAUGGCAGUGAUGUGAAGGGAGAGAAUAAUCAGCAAAGUGGGGGUACACCAAACAAUAAUAACGAUGCCAAUUCGAAGGGGAAGGCAAGACGAUUUUUACGAGCUGUAUGUUCCAAGUGUGGUACGGUGCAGUUGGGAAAAUUAGCGCACUUUAGAAAACACUGUGAUAAAUUAACGGAGGAAGAAAAACAAGAAUAUGAAGAUAAACGAGAAAAAUUAAAACAACUUAUCGAAUUGUUAAAUAAGAGAAAAAUAGAGGAUGAGCAUACAGAGGAGGAGUAUAGAAAUAUGUCCAUUUUUAAAUUUAAAAGUUUAUAUAGUCACUUCCAAGAUAAGGCAGAUGAAAUUCUGGAGGAUUGCAUUCGAGAGAUGAAGUGGGAUAUGUUAAUAUCAUCAAAGAAAAAGGUUCCCAGAAGGGAGAAAGAAUCUAGACGGGGCAAUAGCAGUAGUGGGAUCGGGGGGUUUAACUCUUCAGGAAAAAUGGAUGAUGACAAGAAUGAGGAUAACCCCAACAUUGGAGGCAGCUCCAUGUUAAAAUCAAACCUCAAACAUUUUCUAUACAACCAACCAUUAAUUAUCAACUCCGACGGCUCGGAUACGAAGGAUAUUAUAGAAAUAAGAAGUGACAUAACGGAUGAAAUGAGGGAAAGAAUAAACGACGAAUUAUCAUCCAUCACCGGGAAGAGAAAAAAAUGUGUAAGAAAUACCAUCAAAAAGAUAAAGAAAAAGAAAAUGAAUGAGAAUGAUGACAAUGAAGAAGAAUCAACAAACAUAAGUAACGCACAAAAUGAAAAUGCAAAUAAUAUGAAAAAACUAAAUUAUCUAAUGAAUCCAUUUCAUGAAAAAUUAAUUAAAGAUAUUCGCAACGCCAAUUUUAUUAGAGACUCAUUUAAUGACGAUUUUUUACUUAAAGCAAAAGAAUUUCUGAGAGUUACAAAAAAAAAAUUAAUUAAUAACACAUUUGUAGAAGGUGGUAAUGGAGGCGGAACAGGGGGAGUAGCCGACAUAGACCUACUCAAAUGUAUUGAUAAGAAUAGGAAGAUGAACCAAAGUGAUUUAGAAAAAUCAAUAAUUCAGAAUUAUCUAAAUAAGAUGAAGAGCUCACUAAAGAAUAGCACCUUCUUGGAAAAGGCUAUUCCGGGGGAUAAAAUGGUAGCUGAUGUGGCUUAUGCGAAAUCCCGCAUGAGCAGUAAUAGCAAUGCAAAUCACGAAAAUAAAAUAAAUUUUAACCCCGAGUUGUAUAAAAAUUUGUUUGAGAAGAAUACCAAAUAUUGUAUGUUCACGAAUAAAGGUUCCAGUACUUCUAACAGCCCAAGUCCAAACAUCAAAGAAAUGACAACCUCCUCCCGUUCCCAUUCGAUGAAGACUAUCGAGAAGGCAGAUGAAUUUAGUAGACAUCGUCACCAUAACAACAGUAGCAACUUUGCCUCCAUUAACGAUUUCAAUGUUGACAUUUUUAAUAUUGAUAAGAAUAUGAAAUGUGAAGAUAUAGAAAAGAAAUUACUAAACCUCUGUGCCAACACAAAUUUGAUGAAAAAAAAAAUGAUGCAGGCUGAUAGGCAUGAACCCAAUCCCGAGAGAAGCACCUCCGUUAACAUGGACUCAAGAAAUAAUUUUCACUUUAAGAGAAGCGAACCAGCAUACCAGCGAGUCACCCCCUCUGCUGUGGAAGGAAAUGUGGAUUAUGACAUAAAAAAAAUUACCAGCUCUUCCGAUGCCUGCGGCAAUAACAAGGUCCAGGAGUAUAUUCUCUACCGCAGGAAAAAGCCGAGCAACAGUUCCAGUGCUAGUGGGGAGAAAAACAGCAUGGGCAACGCGAAGAAUGGUGCGGGUGGAAGCGCUACUGCUAAGGGUCUCAGUAAUGUAAAGCGUCCCAUCAUGGUGAAAAGCGCCAGCAAUUCCAAAAGCCCCGGAAUGAGCAAAAGUGCUAGUAAUAUCAGAAGCCCAGGAAAUUCCAAAAGUCCUAGCAAUACUAGAAGUCCUAGUAAUACUAGAAGUCCUGGAAAUGGUAGAAGCCCUGUAAAUGGUAGAAGCCCCGUAAAUGGUAGAAGCCCCGUAAAUGGUAGAAGCCCCAGCAACUCAAGAAACAUGACGAAUGUGAAGAACUCAAGUACCAGCACCACGAAAAACAGUGAAGGCAGAAGGAGCCAAAGUAACAACGCAGAUAAGAUACGGGGCGAGUCCAUCAUCAACAGAAACAACACAAAUAGAACUGUCCCUCAAGGAAACAUGAACAAAAUGAAUACCAUCAAUAGCGAAAACAUUUUGCAACACCUAAAGUUAGAUGAUGUCAAAAAUUUUAUCAUGAGUGCGGAGAGAAACAAGAAUGAUAAGCUCCCUCCCGAGGUGAACUGA